GCAUUUGUGAGACAGUGAGCAGAAGCCAAAAAUGGAACCCUCACCGGACCACCUACACCACAACCACGAGCCGCACUCAUCAGUCUGCGCCAAGUGCGGUGGACCCGCCGCCUUCCCCACCCCUCCGCCCCCCUCCGACUCCCCUUCCUACAUCCCCAUCCGUUUCCCCGCCGUCAACCUCCCCCCUUCCCCCACCAACACCAGAGAAACCAUCAUGCGCACCCCCGUCCCCCACGCCGAGAACGUCCAUCCCCUCACUCUCCCCCACCAAUUCACCGCCCCUUCUAAGCGAAUCCGCUCCCCCGACGACCUCUCCACCUUCCACUCCUCCCCCUCCUUCCGCAAUUUCCUCGGCUUCAUCGUCUCCCUCUCUGAAUCCACCAAAUCUCGCAAGCUCUCCGAUCCCUGCCACGUUUCCCCCACCGUCCAAACCCUAGUCUCCAUUCUCCAGAAACUGACUGACUUCGUCGACGAAAUCCCUCCCGCGCCGCAGUCUGCUCGCUACGGCAACGUCUCCUACCGCGUGUGGCACGAGCGGAUGAGUGCCGAGGCUGAGGCGUUUAUGCUCAUGUUUCUGCCGCCUCAGCUUCGCGACGCUACCGUGGAAAUUGUGCCGUAUUUUACCGAUGGAUUUGGCAAUGCGCUGCGAAUCGAUUAUGGAACUGGCCAUGAGACAAAUUUUGCAGCAUGGUUGUAUUGCUUGGCAAAACUAGGUGUUGUGUCAGAAGAGGAUUAUCAAGCCUUGGUGUCAAGAGUAUUCUCCAAAUACAUGGAGUUAAUGAGAAAAUUACAAAUCACUUAUAGCCUAGAGCCUGCAGGAUCCCAUGGUGUGUGGGGACUUGAUGACUACCAUUUCUUGCCAUACAUAUUUGGGUCAUCACAAUUGAUUGAUCACAAGUAUAUGAAGCCAAAGUCCAUUCAUAAUGAUGAUAUAUUAGAGAAUUUCUGUAAUGAAUACUUGUACCUCUCUUGUAUUGUUUUUGUGAAGAAGGUGAAAAAGGGGUUGUUUGCUGAGCAUUCACCUAUGUUGGAUGACAUUAGUGGUGUUCCUAAUUGGAAGAAGGUGAACGGUGGGUUGCUAAAGAUGUAUAAAGUAGAAGUUCUGGAGAAGGUUCCUAUUAUGCAGCACUUUCUCUUUGGUUCAAUUAUCAAAUGGCCGGAAUGAGAGAUGGAACAGGCAAAUUGUUUCAGAAUUAAGUUCUGGAGGGGCCUUAUCUGAUGCAUACAGAGUCCAAUUUAUUAUCUCCUGUUAUCGCAUUUUGUGGAUAUAUGGCACCCUGAAACUUUGCCGCUACCGAAUGUUGCAGAAUCAGACUAUUCUCCUUAGUUCAACAGUGAGUUGUAUUCUGCGGCUACAGGUUUAUAUUUUAAAGCUCGGAUGCUACUACUACAUAAUCCUAUCGUUUGUACUCCCCCUAUGGCAUGCUGGCCGUCGUAUAUGCCACAACCAUACUCUUUUAUACGUACUCAGUAUUCUAGCAGAUAUUGGGUGUAUUGUAUAUUUAUUGUCGUUUUUUCUA